ACGAAGUAAACUGCAUGUUGUUCAAUCCAGUGAUGAAUACAUGACCGAGGAACAUGACAACAUUACGCACAAUGAUGAUGAAUCAUCUGAUUUUGAACGUUUAUCUUGUAAUGGUGAAGAAGGCUUGACAGAAAGUGAUGAUGAAGAGGAUGAGGAUGAAGAUGACCAUGAUGAGGCUGGUGAUAAUUGCCAAGAUGAAAAUGGAGAAACGGUCAAGCGCGGGAGAACGAAGCUGAAAAAAACUUGGAAUCUUCCCAAAGGGCAGAGAAUUGUGGUCAACUGCAAUGAUCUGAACCAGCCAAUUGGAAAAGAAGGUGGACGUCUAGGUUACUUUCUUGGUACAAUUGCUAGGAAUGGGAAAUUGUGUAGCUUGAGCUACACAGACUGGAGAAAAUUAAUAGGAGAGAGGGAUAAGAAAAAUGAACAGAGAAAUAAAAAGGAUAUAUUGGCGCAAGUAAAGAUGAGGUUUCUUUACCCUCCUCGAUUGGAAAAGUAUAUAUUAAAAACAAUUGGAGAACGAUGGAGGCAACAUAAGUCAAAUCUGAAAUCAUUCUAUUUUGAUGCAACCAAGAGUAUGGAAGCGAACAACACCAAUGUUCCAAGGGGUGUGAUUAAAGACCAGUGGAUUUCUCUUGUUACUAAUUGGAUGAGCCAAAAGGCACAGGAUAUAAGUGAGAAAAAUAGGCAAAACUCUACAAUGAAGAAGUCGAUACAUACGGCUGGAACUAAGAGUUUCGCUCGGAAUAGAGAAGAGCUGAGGCAAAAGGAUCCAGAAAAGAAGAACCCACACAGAGCUGUCCUCUACAUUCAUACACACCAGCACAAAACUGACAAAAAUGACAAGACGAUUAAUGAACACGUGGUUGAAUUGAAAAAUACUUUAGCUCAGAGGCCAGAUUUAGCAGACACAAGUAAAGGGACGGCUUGGAAAGGAGAUGCCUUGAAUACAAUACUAGGAGCAGACAAGGCUGGACAUGUACAUGGGUUGGGACUAGUGCCAAAUCCUAAUCAAGUCUUUGGUGUAUCAUCUUCACGUCACUUUCAGGAUAUACACCUUACUUCACUGGAGGAUACACGAAAUGAAGAUAUUUUGCUUGUUAGACUACAGAUGGAAAAGAUGGAGCAACACAUUAAAAACCAAGAUGCUAAAAUUCUAGAAUUAAAUGAGAAGUCGCUGAACUCUAGAAGACAGGGUUCUUUGGGUCAGAUAUCUACAUCCCGAGAUGCUCUUGGUAUUGCCCAGACAAACUCAAAAAGGAAAGUAAGUAUCCAUAGAAAGGUCAAAGUCAUUUACAUAAAUAUAUUCAUAUUUGUUUCUUGAUCCGCAGAGAGUAUAUGGUGAUCUUCAUAGUCAACAACUUGGAACUGUUGGAAAGGAGAACAAACGUCCUGCUUCACAUAAGAACAAAGAAACUUUGGUCCAAGAUGAAAAUGUGCAACCUAGACAAGGAAGUGCUAGUGCAGAAAAGGACCUGAACAUUGACCCCCAGCACAACGACACACUUGAACAUUUUAAGGUUUCCUCUACACACACGAACAAAGGAACUUUGGUUCAUGAUGAAAAUGUCCAACCAAGGAAGGAAAGUGCUAGUGCUGAGAAGCAUGGUGGCCAAAGCAUGAAGAUAUCAAAAGGGACUACCACAACAAAGAAAGCUAAUAAACAACAAUGCAGUACGCCAAAUAGCUUGGAUGCCAACUCGAUAGAUGUAUGCACAUUACGUUUGUUUUAUUCAUGAUUCUUCUUAGGUUUAUUGCAUUGGAAAAAAAUCUCACGCACUUUUGUUUAUGUAAAAG